UGCGUUUCCAGGUGUCGGAUUCGCUGGGGAGGUAUCUAUCCUAAGGAAUUAAUCAGUAACUCCAGCUGAAAAUGGUGAACAAAGGAGACUUGAAUGACAAUUCUGUGGAGAAGCUUCAGGAGAAAAGCAGGGAUUUGUUACGUGAAGAGCUUUCCUGCUUGCUAACUUGGGAAGAGUUGGCCAGUACAAUAACUGGGAGUCAGGAUUAUAUUGUGAAACUUCAAGGGGAAAUGUACAGGAACCCUGAACUAGAUCUUUCUCCUUGUCAAAAGUGGGAAGAAGCAUCUUCUCACAUUUCCAGAAACAAGAGCAGUGGGGUGACCCUUCAAAGUGAUGAUUUCAAAAACAUGGAAAGUGAAGAUUAUUUGUCAUUGAAAGUUCGGAGCCAUAUGACCACACAGGACUCCCCAGUGACAUUCUGUAAGAAUGAGCCCCAGGAUCCUCAGGAAAGCAAAAGUCUGCUUGUAACUGAAAAAACCACUGAAAGAAAAUUGAUAGGGGGGAAAAGUCCUCCCAUAGACCAUUGUUCAGAGAACCAUCAUAUUAAACUUAUGUCUGAUGUAACAGAACUGGUCUCACCGUUGUUCAGUGGUGGAGCAAUUUGCCAGAAUGGUCAAUCAAAAGAAUCCUUAGAUCCCUUUGACUGUAACCGCAAAGACAUUUAUGGUUGGGAAUCUCGGGUGGUCACCCAUCAGAGAGCUCAUAGGGAGGAGCGUGUCUGUAACCAUUAUGACUGUGGGAAAACACCUAACCCCAGCUCAGAUAGUCAUCCACGUGAGAAAAUCCACACUGCAGAGAAACACCAAUGCAGUCAGUGUGGUAAGGACUUCAGUGAGAGCUCAGAACUACUACUUCAUCAGAGAGACCACACAGAAGAAAAGCCCUACAAAUGUGAACAGUGUGGGAAGGGCUUCACAAGGAGUUCAAGUCUCCUCAUCCAUCGAGCAAUCCACACAGAUGAGAAACCUUAUAAGUGUGACAAGUGUGGGAAGGGCUUCACGAGGAGUUCAAGUCUGCUCAUUCAUCACGCAGUCCAUACGGGCGAGAAACCUUAUAAAUGUGACAAGUGUGGGAAGGGCUUUAGUCAGAGCUCCAAACUGCAUAUCCACCAGCGAGUGCACACUGGCGAGAAGCCCUACGAGUGUGGGGAGUGUGGAAUGAGCUUCAGUCAGCGCUCUAACCUGCACAUCCACCAGCGAGUCCACACAGGAGAGAGACCUUACAAGUGUGGAGAGUGCGGAAAGGGCUUCAGUCAGAGUUCAAACCUUCACAUUCACCGAUGCAUACACACGGGGGAGAAACCUUACCAGUGCUAUGAGUGUGGGAAGGGCUUCAGCCAGAGCUCAGAUCUCCGCAUCCAUCUCAGAGUUCAUACUGGAGAGAAGCCCUAUCACUGUGGCAAGUGUGGGAAGGGCUUCAGCCAGAGCUCCAAACUCCUCAUCCACCAGAGAGUGCACACUGGAGAGAAGCCUUAUGAGUGCAGCAAGUGUGGGAAAGGCUUCAGCCAGAGCUCCAACCUCCACAUUCAUCAACGAGUGCACAGGAAAGAUCCCCAUUAUGUCUGUAACCAUUAUGACUGUGGGAAAACACCUAACCCCAGCUCAGAUAGUCAUCCACGUGAGAAAAUCCACACUGCAGAGAAACACCAAUGCAGUCAGUGUGGUAAGGACUUCAGUGAGAGCUCAGAACUACUACUUCAUCAGAGAGACCACACAGAAGAAAAGCCCUACAAAUGUGAACAGUGUGGGAAGGGCUUCACAAGGAGUUCAAGUCUCCUCAUCCAUCGAGCAAUCCACACAGAUGAGAAACCUUAUAAGUGUGACAAGUGUGGGAAGGGCUUCACGAGGAGUUCAAGUCUGCUCAUUCAUCACGCAGUCCAUACGGGCGAGAAACCUUAUAAAUGUGACAAGUGUGGGAAGGGCUUUAGUCAGAGCUCCAAACUGCAUAUCCACCAGCGAGUGCACACUGGCGAGAAGCCCUACGAGUGUGGGGAGUGUGGAAUGAGCUUCAGUCAGCGCUCUAACCUGCACAUCCACCAGCGAGUCCACACAGGAGAGAGACCUUACAAGUGUGGAGAGUGCGGAAAGGGCUUCAGUCAGAGUUCAAACCUUCACAUUCACCGAUGCAUACACACGGGGGAGAAACCUUACCAGUGCUAUGAGUGUGGGAAGGGCUUCAGCCAGAGCUCAGAUCUCCGCAUCCAUCUCAGAGUUCAUACUGGAGAGAAGCCCUAUCACUGUGGCAAGUGUGGGAAGGGCUUCAGCCAGAGCUCCAAACUCCUCAUCCACCAGAGAGUGCACACUGGAGAGAAGCCUUAUGAGUGCAGCAAGUGUGGGAAAGGCUUCAGCCAGAGCUCCAACCUCCACAUUCAUCAACGAGUGCACAGGAAAGAUCCCCAUUAGCGAGGUCUUCAGUCACAUGCUUGUCCCCUAAAGACUUAAGUAUUUUUAACAUCACUCUUGAUAUUCAGUGCAGGGGAGAAAGAAGAGUUAUUCAGAUAGGCUCCCUCGCUGAAAACCAUGCAUUCACUUAAAGUAUUUGAAGUAACAAGAACUUUGUUAGACUAUACAAUGAAUUGAUUGUUCUAGUUCCUUAGUUGGGUAGAGUGAAAACAUCUGUACUUUGUAGUUCAGCCAGUGUUACAAUUACAUAGCCCACACAGCAUUUGUAACUGCAAGAACUUUAUAUUUAUCCAAGCAGAACAUGUUUCCCUUUGUUCACAAUCUCUAAGAAAUCUGAAUUCUGAUUUCUCUUCAAA